AUGGCAACGGUGAAUUAUAUUGUGGAAUUUGUUAUUACUUUUUGUAUCAUUUCAUUCACGUUUAACAAUAUUAUUGCUCAGAUCUCAGAAGGAGAAGCUAAAGCGUUUUUUGUUUUUGGCGAUUCUCUGGUCGAUAAUGGAAAUAAUAAUUUUUUGCUCACCACCGCUCGUGCCGACCAACCACCUUAUGGAAUUGAUUUUCCCGGUCACCAGCCCACCGGCCGCUUCUCCAAUGGAUAUAACCUCCCCGACUUGAUAGGUCAAUACUUUGGGAUUGAACCAAUACUUCCAUACUUGAGUCCCGAGCUUAAAGGUGACAAAUUACCUCAAGGUGCAAACUUUGCUUCUGCUGGCGUUGGCAUUCUUAACGACACUGGGAUCCAAUUUGUAAGUUUCACAACUCGAAGAUCUUGUGACGUUGUAAAUUAUCGAUCUUUACGCUUAAAGAUUCUUUUAUUUAUUCCUCCUUCAUUUUUAUUGAAUGAAAAUCGUCCGAUUUGA